CCCGUUUUUCCUUGAAAAGCCCUACCAGAUUUCCAUUUAGAUUUAAGGAGAAGGUACUCAUAGGAUCUUAUGGAGAAGAAAAUAUUCUGUUUGACAGCUAUCAAUGCUGACGUCUUAAAACCUCUCUUUUCUCUCCUUGCCGAAUACUAGAAAAUUUGCCGGCAUAACCAGAGGCCGAGAUAGAGGUGGUGGAGUGGCGAAGGAACCUAUGAAAUUGAGCAAAAAUGAGAGUGGAACGCAAGUGGUUUCUCAGAUUGUUAUGGGGAUUCAAGGGCUAGAUGAAGGGGAAGCUCAGAUUCACGGGAAUGAGUGCAGGGUACUGGAGAAUACUAAAGUCAAUUCGGCCUACAACAGCGAUACACAAGUAAGUAAUUCUAAAGCAUCUGAAUUGAGUUGUAGAUAUGUGCAAGGGUUAGGUGUACGAAACGGAGAUGAACCGAUUGAAAGUAGGAGUGAAAGGGUAGGGGAAAGUGGUGUGAAGUUAGAUGAAGGCUAGGCGGAAUUUG